CUUGAUCAAUGGGCCAAACACAGAAAAAUUGUCAGCCCUGCUUUUCAUAUGGAGAAGUUAAAGCUUAUGCUUCCAGCAUUCCAUGUGAGUUGCCUUGAGAUGAUAAGAUCGUGGGAAAAUGCAUUGAAAGAGUCAAAAGAGGUUGAUGUUUGGCCAUAUUUACAUAAUUUGUCAGCCGAUGUUAUUUCAAGAACUGCAUUCGGUAGCUCGUAUGAAGAAGGAAGGAAGAUUUUUCAACUUCUCACGGAUCAAGCUGAACUCGUUAUUCAAGCUCUAAGCAAAAUAUACAUUCCGGGAUGGAGGUUUGUUCCCACAAAGAAGAAUUUGAGAAUGAAGAAUAUAGCUAAAGAGUUGGAAUAUCUACUCACUAAUGUAGUGAAUAAGAGAGUAGAGGCCUUAAGAAAUGGAGAAACAAACAAUGAUGACUUAUUGAGCAUAUUACUAGAAUCCAAUUUCAAGGUGGUUGAAGAGAGCAAGGGAAAACAAGGGCAGUUGAUGGGGAUGACCAUUAAAGAGGUGGUCGAAGAAUGCAAACUCUUCUACUUUGCUGGCCAAGAGACCACCGCGGUUUUACUUCUUUGGACAAUGGUUCUUUUGGCUCAACAUCAAGAAUGGCAACAGCGAGCUAGAGAAGAAGUCAUUCAAGUAUUUGGAAAGGAUGGGAAUCCCAAUUUUGAUGGACUUAACCGCCUUAAGAUAGUGACUAUGAUACUAAACGAGGUGCUUAGGCUAUAUCCACCUGUGGUUGAACUCACUAGAGUCAUUGAGGAAGACAUGAAACUAGGAGAAUCAAUUCACUUACAAGCUGGGACAGCGAUAUCAUUGCCCAUAGUAUUAUUUCACCAUGAUAAAGAGAUAUGGGGGGAUGAUGUAAAAGAAUUCAAGCCGGAUAGAUUUGCGGAAGGAAUAUCCAAAGCAACAAAAGGUCUUGCAUGCUAUUUCCCUUUUGGUUGGGGACCGAGGGUUUGCAUCGGGCAGAAUUUCGCUUUACUAGAGGCUAAGAUGGCAGUGGUGAUGAUUCUUCGACGCUUCUCAUUUGAGCUUUCUCCAACUUAUGCUCAUGCUCCUUAUCCCAUUGUCACUAUUCAGCCUCAGUUUGGUGCUCACUUAAUUAUGCAUCAAAUAUAGACAAACAUAUAUGGCAUCUUUA